CCCAAACGCGCAGAGGUGUGGGAUGAGCUCGUGACGCUUCCUCCCAAAACUCACCUCUAAAUGGAUAUUAGGAGGCGCCUCGAAUCCGCUAACCACUACUGAAAGACCAUGACCAUCCAGGAGGCAGGAAUUCCCAUUAUCGACUUUGACGGCUUUGGAGACGGCACUGGCGAGCGCGCCAAACAGAUCAGCGAGGACUUUUAUGCAGCAUGCCGCGACAUCGGUUUCGCAUACCUCGUAAACACGGGAGUACCCCAGGACGAGGUCGACGCAAUGUUCUCAUGGUCGAAGAAGUUUUUCGAGCUCCCGUACGAAGUCAAGAUGACCGCACCGCAUCCCCCGCGUGGGGACCAGCACCGCGGAUACUCUGGCGUUGGGGUUGAGCAAGUGUCGCAGAUGGUCUUUGACGAGGCCAGGCUCCACGAGCUGCGCGGCAAGGGCGCCGAUUUCAAGGAAAGCUUCGACAUGGGCUCAGACCACUCGCCGCGUUGCCAGAACGUUUGGAUUGAAGAGCAUUACCUUCCUGGUUUCCGGGCCGGUUGCGAGCAUUUUAUGAGCAUCGGGCGCGCCCUGCAAAUGAAGGUGCUGCAUGCGCUUGCCUUGGGCAUGCCGCACGUCCCGACUGACUUCUUCGACCGAUACCACACGGACGGGGACAACCAGCUUCGCCUGCUCCACUAUCCCUCAGCUCCUUGGAGCGUCUUUGAGUCGGGCGAAAAAGGUCGCAUUGGCGCGCACACGGAUUUCUCGACGUGCACUUUCCUAUUCCAAGACGACGUGGGCGGACUCGAGGUGGAGUCUCCCUCGCACCCCGGUAUAUUCAUCCCGGCCCCGCCCAUCAAGGGUGCAGUUGUAUUCAACAUCGGCGACUUCCUCAUGCGCUGGAGCAAUGACGAACUUCACUCGACCCUACAUCGCGUACGAGCACCGCCACGUCGCCCCGAGGAUGAGGAGAUGACUCGGGAGCGCUUCAGCAUCCCCUACUUCUGCUCCGCCAACGCAGACAUGACGAUCGACGCGCUCCCUGGCACGUUUGGACCCGAGAACCCGAAGAAGUACGCCCCUAUCACAGCUGGAGAGUACGUUAACAUGCGCCUCAACGCAACAUACGUUGGCUCCGGUAUCAAUGGCUCGGCUUAAUGCCCGAGCAGAGCUUGCUUUCAACUCUUAGUACAAAUAGGCGAUGUACCAGCG